AUGGCAUCAAAGAAUACUCUCGGCACGUCGUCGUCGUAUCCGAAUCCGCGUAUGCGUCGCCUGGCUUCUCAACUGGCGUCCAUAAGAAUAUCCCUUGAUCCUCCCAGCCCGCCAUACCUGAGUCCUGGUCCAUUAUCAGAUUCUAAUAUUUCUGAAGACUCCUGCGAUAUGAACUACCUCCAAGUUCCGACCGAAAACGAGCCGCAGCGUAUCUCGUCCCCACCACCGGAUCGCCGAAGCAGUAUUGCAUCGACACUCAGUGAUGCCUCGUCUAUUACGAUACCGAUGAGUUCAAGUUACCAGUCGCUCUUGUCGCCAUUAUGGACUCGAAGCAAGUAUUCGAUUGACGAAUAUGAAACACCGCCAAACGAACCAAUUACGCGUUCACGGAGUGUUCAGGUGAGCGGAGGUAUACAAUUACGCAUUCAUUCGUAA